AUGGCCAAAAAGAGAGGGCAAACAAAGCCCAAAACCGUAACCCCACCACCACCACCAACACCACCCACCAUUGGUGGUGACCCUUUUGUUCAGAUUCAGAAUCUCAAAGAACUCAACGGCAAUCUUCUCAAACAAACCACCGAACAGAGAACCCGCAUUCAAGAUCUUCUUAACUCUAAUAACCACGCCGCCAUGGAAAUCUCUGAUAAAAAUCUCGCCUUGGAGGUUGAAAACUCUGUUUUCUUCAUUUUCGCUAAGACCCAGAUGGCGGAAUUAGGGUUUCUCUUUGAUAAGGUUGUUGAAGAGAAAAAUGAGAUCAGUUAUGAGGUUGCGGCUCACAAGGAGAAAGUGGAUAACCUAGCGUUGGUCCUGGAGGAUGAGAAGAGGAGUGUUGAGAAGUUGAAGUUGGAUGCACGGAAACUGUUUGAUGAAAAGGCUGAGAAAGAAAGAAGGGUUCAAGAACUUGAGAAAGAUAGGGAUUUGGCUGUGAAGAAGUCGUAUGAGUCGGUGAAAGUUAUUGAUGAGUUGAAGGAGAAGAUUGAUAUGGUGGUGAAGGAGAAGAAUGAGGCUGAGGGUGUGAACAGUACUCAGAGGACAAAGAUUUUGAAUCUUGAAAUUGAGCUGCAGCAUGUUAAUGAUGUUUUGGAGAAUUUGCAGAAUGAAGAGGCGAAGAUGCGUGCUAAGGUUGGUGAACUGGAAGGAAAUAUUGGGUUGGCUGUUGAGAAGGAAAAUGAAAUGAUUGUGGAAAACAGCAAAUUGCUUGCAGAGAAGAAGGAGAUGGAGAAGAGUAUUCAGAGUUUAACUGAGGGGAGGGAUAGUGUUAAUAGGACUCUUGAUAUGGUUCGGAUAGAGUUGGAGAAUAGGCAGCGUGAGGUUGAUGAAGUGAAUAGAGCGAGAGAUGAGAUUGAGAAGGUUAAAGUUAGCUGCGAGAAUGAAAUUGUUGAGUUGCAAGGUGAAGUGAGUCGACUGAGGGGUGUUGUUGAUGAGUUGAAAUUGUCCUGUGAAGAAUUUGAAGAGAAAAACAAUGGAUUGCUCUCUCAAGUUCAUCAUUAUAGGAAUGCUGUUGGGGAAGUGGAGCUUGAGAGGGAUAAUAUCAGAAAGGAAUAUGAUGAGGAGAAAAACAAAGUGGAGAAUUUGCAGUCACAAGUAGUGGAAAUGGAGAAAAAAACUGAGCUAUUACUUGCUGAAGUUCAAUCUUAUAGAAAUGCUGUUGGAGAAGUGGAGCUUGAGAGGGAUACCAUCAAAAUGGGAUAUGAUGAGGAGAAAAACAAAGUGGAGAAUUUGCAAUCACAAGUAGUGGAAAUGGUGGGGAAAAUUGAGCAAAUACUUGCUCAAGUUCAAUCUUAUAAGAAUGCUGCUGAAGAAGUGGAGAUUGAGAGGGAUAACAUCAGAAAGGGAUAUGAUGAGGAGAAAAACAAAGUGGACGACUUGGAAUCACAUGUUGCUGAAUUGAAGCUUAAGAAUGAUAUCAUCAUGAAGGAAUUCAGUGGGGAGAAGAAUAAGGUGGCGAAUUUGGAGUUGCAAGUUGCGGAACUGAAGGAAAAAAUUGAGAAUGCUGCAGCUGACUUGAUCAAGAUGAGAAGUGAGAAAGAUAAGGUGAAUGAGACAAACAAGGAGCUGGAAAGUGGUCUAGAUGUUACACGUCGUAGCCUUAUCGCAACCGAACAAGAGCGGGAUGAUUUGAGAGCUAAGUUUGAGUCAUCUUGCGUCAACUCAAAGCAGGCCUUUGAAUUGUUAAAGAGUACUGCUGCACAUCUGUCUAAGGAAAGCUUGGAACUGACUCCUCGCAGUGAGAAGAAGCAUGAGGAAGAAAUUCAGUCUUUUGCUGAAGAAUUGGAGGCAAUAAAGGAAGCAUUCAAAGUUAAGGAUGAGAUGGUGGAUGAUAUGAAGAAACAAGUUGUAUCACUACAGAGAUCUGUAUCUGAUGCACAUAAAGGUAAGAACAUGUGGACUGGGAUAUCCUCUGCUACUGCUAUUUUGGCUGCUGCAUUGACUGCUUAUAUUGCUAAAGGACGCUGA